AUGGAAGAUCCUGAAGUAGUAGCAGCCCGUGCAAGACUUGCAGCAAAGUUUGGAGACUCCACAAGAAUUGGAGGAAAAGGCUCAAUGAAGCGAAAGAACAAAGUAGCCCACAAGACUAACUCAGUAGAUGAAAAAAAGUUAAUGUCCAAUCUCAAAAAGUUGCAAGUGCAGCCCCUUCCAGCUAUUGAAGAAGUGAAUUUCUUUAAAGAUGAUAUAGCUUUUGAAAAGAUUCUGCUUAAGGGUUUAAAUUUUUUAUAGAAAAUAAAGUAUUUUAUUUUUCUAUUAAGAAAAGUUAUUGAUGUUAAUAGGAAUAAUACCAUUUUGCAUUUCACAAAUCCUCAAGUUCAAGCUAAUAUCAAAGACAACUUCUUUUUAGUCCAAGGCACAGGAGAGUCUAAAUCCUUUGCGGAUCUGAUGCCUGGUAUCCUUAACCAACUCGGUCCUAAAAACCUAGAGUUUUUGAAAGACCUCGUACAAGCAACUGCUUCUAAGCCUGAUGGUGAAGAAGAUGUCCCAGAUCUUGUUGGAGAAAAGAACUUUGAAGAUAUUGCAAACCAAGACUAA